CGAUUGGGAACAUCUGGCAACACUGGCAGCAGAUGUUUCCGGAUGGCCUUUGAACAGGCGUUAAUUGGACCCGAAUUGGCUAAAAUCGCGCAGAAUUAAACGAUGAAACAGUGGAUAACUAGGAGAAGGGGGCACUGAAGGACGAGGUAACAAAUGAUUCGCGGCACGGAUUGAGCACACUGCGAGAUAUCGGUGAAGCCAAGCCCGAGACACCCUGUGCGCGGAGUUUGUGACGCAGUUACACAACAAAAUUCUCAGUAGGCGCCCAAACUCGGGGCAAAAACAAGCUAGCUGAAUCAACGUGAGCCAGUGAAUUGGUCCACACACACCACUGCACUCUGAAGCUCGGAAACCCGGAAGGCCUCCGAUUAUCGACCCCCUGCGAAGCUCAGGGACACGGCGGCUUUCACUUUUAGAAUCGCCGAGGGGUUCGUUGAUCAGCCUUCGCAAUGGUCGUCGCAGCAUCCACCUGUCGCACGGAGACGGUCUUCGACUACAGCUGGAAACACGUGGUGGUCGCCUACUGGAACCGCUACCCGAAUCCCUCCAGCGCUCACGUCCUUACGGAGGACACCAUUCAGCGGGAGGUGCGCGACGGCAAGCUCUUUUCCCGUCGCCUGCUCUCCAAGACAAAUCCUGUGCCCAAAUGGGGAGCACGGUUCUACAACAAUGUUCCAGUCAAGAUUGUAGAGGACUCCGUGCUGGACCCGGUUAAAAAGACCUUCACCACUUUCACCAGGAAUCUGGGCAUGACAAAGAUAAUGAAAGUCGAUGAAAUCGUCGUCUACAGCGAACAGAAGGACGGCAGCACCCUGGCCGUGCGAAGAGCCUACAUCAGCUCGCAGGUGUUUGGAUUCUCGCGGGCUAUCCGAGCUUUCGGCAUCGAACGGUUUAAGUCCAACGGCAACAAGGCUUCCAAUGGCUUCAACCACGUUUUGCGGCGUAUGUUCCCGCACAGUCUGGUGGGCGGAGGACACCACCAGCCCGCAGUGACCCCGACCUCCUCGGUUGCUGAAGUUCCUGGGGCCACCACCUCCGCACCCAACUCAUCCAGCAAUCACAACAACAUCGGAACGCUGAAGAGCACUGCUAAAGUGGGAUACGAGUUCUUCAAGUGCCACGCCACUAAGAUAGCGCAACUCUUUUCCGUAAAGAACUGAAGACAAGCUGAGCGGGACUCUCUGGAAUGGACGGACUGCAGAUUUUAUUAGGAAGGAAACGAAGGCGUCGGGCUGACGUAUGUUUUUAAACAUUAUUCCAAAGCAAAAACAACCGUAUACUUUGCUGCAUUUCAUUCCGUGUGUGUGCGCGAGCCAGUCGGCUGAUCGAGACGGAGGCACUAUCUGCUGAACACAUUUCCUGCAUCCUAAAAAAGUCUAUCAUUAAUCUUUAGUCGUUAACAUUACAUUAUUAUGUACCAAUCUGUUGGGGAAAAGCCGUGUGUCGAAUUUCGGAUUUCUGUGUAAUCUGUUGUAUAUUUUUCUAGAAAAUCGCACACGCGUAGUUUUACUAAAUUAUACAUAUUAAAAUACAUUUAGUUUGUUAGAAUUUCACAGCA